AUGUUGAGCAGCAGCAGCAGCAGCAGCUUGGAAGGGUCGUCGUCGGAUUUAUUUCUUUUGGAGCAGAUUCGGCGGCAUCUUCUAGAAGACGACUUAGGGAAAGGGAGUACCAAUAAUAAUGUUGAGGAUGGAAUAAUAAGGUAUGAUAUUAGUUGUAGUGGAGCUGGUUGGGAGAUGAGUAACAACAACAACAACAAUAUGGUGGAUCAAAUGUCGUCAAUUAUUAUUAGAGACAAUCCGGAAGAGAAGUCUCGGCCUCGGCCCCGGCCUCGAGGUUUGCAGUUCAGAGGAGUUAGGAGGAGGCCUUGGGGGAAGUACGCGGCAGAAAUCAGAGACCCGAGCAGAAAAGGAGCUCGAAUAUGGCUGGGGACUUACCACACCGCCCAAGACGCUGCUUUAGCUUACGAUCGAGCUGCUUUUCAGAUGCGAGGGGCCAAAGCUAAACUCAACUUCCCUCACAUCAUUUCUUCUAACAACUAA